AUGUACUCGCGCCCCAACACUGGUCGCCCGACGACGGGCGCGUCUGGACGCCCGCAGACGGGUACAGGUAGGCCAUGGACAGGGCAGACGCGCCCGGGAACGGGGCGUCCUGGGACAGCGGCGUCGAACUACGUGAGGCACGAAGCUAGCUACAUCGUUGCCGUUCUGGAGGGACGCGGCGUCGCCCGCGAGGUCGGGAUGGCCGCUCUGGAGAAGGAUACCGGCCAGGUCGUGCUCGUGCAGAUCUCCGACUGUCCGACAUACGUGAAGACGCUGCACCAGAUGCACCUGCAUCGGCCGGCGCUGGUCCUUGUCCCGGACACGUUCGUCGCUUCGGCGGAUGGACAAACUACGUCGGGCGGCAAGAGGGUGAACUCAACUUCUGUGCUGGUAGAAGCCAUCGAGGACGAGUUCCCUGGUGUACCCGUAGAAGCGGUUGGCAGGAAGUACUGGAACGAGACCAGUGGACUGGACUUCAUUCAGCAGCUUUGUGUCGAAGACGACGAGCGCGCGGGGAUACUGCUCGCGGUCGUGAACAAAUACUACACCCUCUCAGCAGCAAGCGCGCUCUUCAAGCAUGCAGAGCUCAAGCUCAACAUCCGCUUCUCUUCCGGCUCCCUGCGCAUCCGCUAUGCGCCAGUUGAGGGCACGAUGAUGAUCGACCCGGAGACCGCUCGCAACCUCGAGUUGGUCGGCAAUAUGACGCACAAGAAGUCCACGCACACACUGUUUGGAACUCUCAAUCAUACCUUCACCGCGAUGGGCGCGCGACUGUUGAGGACGAACAUCUUGUCACCGAUCACGGUCCUUCCGUCUAUCGACGCGCGUCUGGAUGUUGUCGAGGAGUUCGUGAAGACGGAGGACCGCUUCAAUGAAGUCAAGGACGCUCUGCGGGUGCUCAACAAGAUGGACUUCGACAAGCUCAUCGCUUCGCUCGCAGCCUCGGAAGCGCGCCCGACCAACAACGCGAAGCCCGCAUCGACGAGAGUCACGCAGAUGCUGAGCCUGAGAAAUGCAGUCAAGACGCUUCCGCUUUUGUACAAGGCGCUCGAGGGCAGCCAAUCGCAACUCCUGAAGAUCAUCCGCGAUAUGCUCGGCGACGAACGGUUGACCAAGAUCCAAGAACUAGUCGACGAACGUCUGAACGAGGAUAGCACUCCGUCCAAGGGCGGUAUCGCCGCCGUCAACGCCCGUGUCUAUGCCGUGAAAGCGAACUGUAACCGUCUCCUCGACGUCGCGCGCGAGACGUACCGCGAGAACAUAGGGGACAUCUUCCACCUCAACCGCACGCUGAGCGACGCGCACACGCUGCCGCUCGCGCUUGUGUACCAGGAGAGCACGGGAUUUGUAUUUACGAUGAAGAAGGACGAUUUGGAGGGGGAGUUGCCGAGGGGGUUCUUGAAUGUGGGGCUGAAGAAGGGGAAGUGGGUGUUUACGAGUAUGGAGUUGAAGAAGAUGAAUGCGAGGAUGAAGGAUGCGCUGGAUGAGACGCUGUUGUUGAGCGACAAGAUUAUCCAAGACAUGGUCGCGGAGAUUAUCGUCGACGUAGGCGCGCUUUACAAGGCGUCGGAAGCGGUUGCCUUGCUGGACAUGCUGUGGUCGUUUGCGCAUGCGUCGAUCAUCAGACCUGAAUUCACCGGCACGCUCGCCAUCAAGUCUGGCAAGCAUCCGAUCUUGGAGACCAUCCAGUCGGCAGGCUCGGUCGUGCCCAACGAUGUGUAUUGCGACGACUCGUCGUGCUUCCAGAUCGUGCAGGGACCGAACAUGUCGGGAAAGAGUACUUACUUGAGGCAAAUUGCGCUCCUCUUGAUUGUGGCGAUGACGGGCUGCUUCGUGCCAGCGGAGUAUGCAAGCUUUCGCAUUCACGACGCGCUGUUGACUCGAUUGUCGAACGACGACGACAUUGAACGUAGUCUGAGCACGUUCGCCAGCGAGAUGGCCACUUCGGCUAUGAUACUUGGCCUUGCGACUCCGAAGAGCCUCAUUCUUUUGGACGAGCUCGGCAGAGGGACCUCGCCGAGGGAAGGCGUCGGUAUUUCACAUGCAAUUGCGGAGGCGCUCGUACGCCUGAAGGCUUUUGUCUUCUUCGCCACGCACUUCGGCGAGCUUACAACGACGCUCUCGAGGCAGCCGUCGGUCGUCAAUCUUCAUUUGUCUGUGCAACGGAGCCGACGAACCACCACAAACUUCGGUGUAACUUUCCAGUAUCGUAUCGUCGACGGAGCCCCUGAAGACGAUAGCCACUACGGUCUCGAACUCGCCAGGCUAGCUGAUCUACCGAAGGACGUCCUUACCGAAGCGAAGCGCGUCGCUAGUCAGCUGGCCGCUCUGCAUGCCCGCCACGAAGAGUCUAGCGAAAGCAACAAGAUCGCCAUUCGGCGGAAGGCUCUCCUGCGGCUCCGCACGCAACUGAUACAAGCCUACGAACACUCCGCUCUUCCAGAUCAAGAACUUCUGGAAUAUGUCGCUCGCUUCCAGCGGGAUAUCGCCAAAGCUUUCGUGACGGUGCAGUGA